AUGGCUGCUACUGGAACCACACAGCCCAUCGCCAGUAAUCUGUCGCCGGACGGCCUGAUUGCUGUCACUUGGAUUGGUGUCGGCCUGGGUGUCUUGUUCGUGUCCAUCCGCCUCGCCAUCCGCCUCAGUCGACUGAAACGGCUGUACCCCGACGACUACUUUGUCCUCGUCGCGCUGGCCUUUUUGAUCAUCAAUGCCGUGCUGCAGACCCUCCAGACACCGCAUCUGUACUACACAGCCCUAACUCCGACGGGCCCGAACAUCGCGGACCACGUGGUGUUGUACAAGAAGUAUGAAUUCGCCAUCAUCGGCAUCUUCUGGACUGUGCUCUGGAGCAUCAAGGGCUCCUUCCUGGCCCUGUUUUGGAUGAUUACGCAGGGUCUGCCCCGGUACAUCUGGGCCUGGUGGGUCGUGGCUGGGUUCGUUGUGAGCUCCUAUGUCGUGUGUUGGCUGCUGUCGGCCCUGAAUUGCCAUCCUCCCUCGGAAUAUUUCAAGCUUGGCGGAUGUGGCCGGGCAAUUGACAAGCACACCUCCUUCAUCAGCAUCUGUUUCAGCACCGCGGUCGAUAUAGCGACGGACGUGAUGAUCAUGGGCAUUGGGGUCACGAUCGUGUGUGGGACCCGCAUCAACCGGCGCGAGCGGCUCAGCCUGGGCGUCAUCUUCAGCCUGGGGAUCAUCAUCGUCGCCGCGGCCGUCGUGCGCGCCAUCCAGAUCAGCGGCAAGGCCUACACCGACAUGGCCGGGGUCGCCAUCUGGAGUGUCGCCGAGUCCAGCAUCUCGGUCAUCAUCGGAUGUCUUCCCCCGUUCAAAAUCUUCCUCUCCCGCCAUCCCUCCUUCGCCCCGUACACGUCCGGGUCAGCCGGCCCCUACCUCCAAAGUGGAGCAUCCUCUACUCCCGCCAAACCCCGCGUGUGGAGCGACACGCCCGUGGCCCCGCCUCAACGCGGCUUGUAUCAGAAUCUCGACUUCGAGCUUCACUCGAGGAAUACGGACAUUGUCGGGGGGGCAGGCGCCCGGGUGGUCCGGAACACCACGCUCCCAAGAGAGAGUGUGGACUCGGGACGACCGGGCGAGAUUCGCAUGGUGAAGGAGUUCAGCGUGAUCACGACACGAUAA